GGUAGAGGAGACAAGUAUGUGGCACAGCCGAACUAGGUUAGCGUGGCGGCAGGUGGUGGGCUUGGAUCUGGCGAUGAAAGAGCCACCGGAGAUGGCCUAAGGCGGACAGGGUAGAAGAGCGGUUGUGCGAGCUAAGGAAGAAGAUAGCCAAGUAUCUUUCGAUCACAAAUAAUUGAUGGUCGCAUAAGAAACGUCCGAUCCGAUUUUCAGCGCCUAAUAGAUAGCAUCUGCCUAACUUUCUGGUAUUGGUGCCUUUGGUCCGUCGAAAACCCGAACCAAACUGUCACACGGAUAAACUAUGUGGUAUGACAGGAGCACAAGAUUCGUUAUCUAGUGCCACAGCUCCCUCAAUUUGCAAAAGGGAGCGAUUAUCCCAUGCUCGACCCGACACAUUGUGCUCGGCGAAUCUGUUCUCCUCCAUAAACCAACCAUGCUUGCCACUGCUAAUUCGCUCUCCCUCGCGCCUAGCUGUCUUACAACAUCUCAGGCAGCUAUGGCUGGUCGAGCCACCACCUCCCUUGCUUUGCCCUUGCUCAUGAUCAGAGCUCUCCACGCCCGUGCAUCGCAGCUGCGGAAUUGCUGCCAUUUCCCCGGCGCUGCCUCCACGCCCACGGCGUUCUUGGCCGCGCUCCUCUUCUGCGCCGCGGCGUUCCCGAGAGCCGUGGCCUUCUUCCUGCCCCUCGUGGCCUCCACCUCCGCCUGCUGCGCGGCGGCUUACCUCUUCGUCGCUGCCUCGGAGCGGAAGGAAGUGGAGGCCGUGCUCGUCAGCGGUGAGGGGGAGGCGGAGGCCGGGAUGCUGCAGGUGUUCGGCGACGCGAACGCGAGCGCGUACAGGCGCGGCGUCCAGGUGGGCUGCUUCGUGCGCAGGUCGGCGAAGCACGGCGUCGACGAGGACGGCGAGGAGGUGAUCUUCGCCGGCAGGCUGGUGCCCUGCGCCAGCGGCCAGCACGGCGAGCUCGAGGAGGAGCUCGUGGCGCUGCGGGUGGACAGGCUGGCGGAAGGCGUCUGGAACAGCUACUUCGGCGGGUGGUCGAGGUGGAACUACCAUGACUGACGAGCGAAGAAGAGGGUAGCAGUUGGUGGUCAGUGUGGUAGUGAAUUUUUCACAGCCUAUGCGUAGCUAUGGUUUAUCAUAGCAGUUCAUUUGCGAUGAGAUUUAUGUUAAAAUAGUAAUAGAAAAAAAAAUCAUAAGAUAAAGAUAUCAAUAUUGAUAAAUAUUAAUUAGUUAGAAUAAACGAACAAGAUUAAAUAUGUAUAUAAGUGAAGCUGAAGUUUUAUUUUUCAUUGUAGUCAAUGCGAGUUUGCUUAGCACAUGAGAAUUUUUAUUUUUCUAUUCCUAUGGGAAUAGAGAACUCUUAUUUAUAUAUAUGAAACUUCGAGCGUUCUAAAGAAAAGUGUCCUCUAACUGUGCGCUCAUAUGAUGCUUUGAAUUUAGAUUUUUUGCUGUUUGGCUGCAUAAUUACUACUAGCAUCCAUACACCAUGGUUGAUGGUUACGUAGGGUAGUUGAUCUGCUUACAGUGCCCCCACAAAUUAGUUUUUGAUCAUAUUUGUUGGCUAGUUCUUGUCAUAAUUGAUGAUCAAAAUAGAGCGUCGAGCGAACCAGCUGUCGAUUAUUACUAGUUUGGUGGUCUGUGAUGCAUGGACGGCUUACAAUCGAGUUGAAAUGGUGCAUUAAUUCCAUCCAAAAGGUAUAUAUGUGCAUUAUAUUGUUGAUUAAUACCAAUCACUGCUCUUCCAUAUCACUAGAAGCAGGGGUGGAGCUUCUUGGUGACCAAGGUGGGCCGUGAUCCCUGGCCCAACAACUUAUUUUAUUUUGUAGUUCAUUUUAAACUCAAUCUAUCAAUUUCUUUGAGUUCGGCCGCCCCUGUGGCCAAGUUAGUUUCUUAUGUUCCUACUGACAUUCGGUCUAAGCUCCGCCACUGCUUAAAAGACAAGGAUGAUGACUGUGUGGCAAAGGCAAAAAAGAGGGUGGAGGUUGCCGUCAAGAUUACCGGAGUUUUUUUUUAAGAAAUAUACAUGUAAAAUUUCUCCAGAAAUAUUUGGCACAUUUUCAAAUUUGACACUGAUAUGUCAAAUACAUUUAAAACCCCACAAAUGCAAUACACGAUCAAUUGCUAACGUGGUAUAAUUGCAUUACACGUCUGCUGUAUUGCUAAGAUAUUUAGUACUAGUACCAUCUUGUUAGAAGAUGACACAGAGAACACUAGUACGGACACCUUUGGAGACCAACA